UCUCCGCUUCAGUCUAUCCCAAUGGCUCCUAUCACGGAAGAGGCCGUUUCCGGUCUUAAGGAUAUCAUCAGCAAGCUCGAGGCUCGGGUUGAGGAACUGGAGAGCCGUCUCAGCGAUGGGUCUAAACCCAAGUCCGUUGCAGAACAGAUGCGCAUGGUUCUGAUGGGACCUCCCGGUGCAGGCAAGGGUACCCAGGCACCUGCACUCAAGGACAAGUAUUGUGUGUGUCACUUGGCUACCGGAGAUAUGUUGCGGUCUCAGGUAGCCAAGAAGACUGAACUGGGCAAAGAGGCCAAGAAGAUCAUGGAUCAGGGUGGCCUGGUCAGUGAUGAGAUCAUGGUCAACAUGAUCAAAAGCGAGCUGGACAACAACACUGAGUGCAAGAACGGUUUCAUUUUGGAUGGCUUCCCUCGUACCGUUGCUCAGGCUGAGCGCUUGGAUGACAUGCUUGCUGCCCGUAAGCAGAAGCUCCAGCAUGCCGUCGAGCUGCAGAUCGAUGAUGCCUUGCUGGUAGCAAGAAUCACUGGACGCCUAGUUCACCCGGCUUCUGGACGCUCCUACCAUAAGGUGUUCAAUCCUCCUAAAGAGGAGAUGAAGGAUGAUAUUACCGGCGAGCCUCUUAUUCAGCGAUCUGAUGACAAUGCUGAGACCCUUAAGAAGCGCCUUGGAACAUACCAUGCUCAAACCGCCCCUGUCGUGGAUUAUUAUAAGAAGACUGGUAUCUGGCGGGGGAUUGAUGCUAGUCAGGAACCGGGUCAAGUGUGGAAGAGCCUUCUCGGCGUUUUCCGGCAGAACUAAAAAUAAUGAUUCUUUUUUCUUUUGCCGAGGGGUCCUUGCGAUCUCUGCGUCUCUGCCGGAGAAAUCAACAAAAUGUGAUAUGGUAUAAAUUUUACAAUGGAUGGUCUGCCACCUUGGUCUUCUGCGGAGGUUCCUUUGCGAUACAUGGACUUUGUGUCCUUCAGGGAUCUGUACCUGGGUGGCUUUCGGCGGGGGUUUGAUUUGAUGUAUAGUAGCUAAUCUCGGAACCUAAAAUAUAAGUUGCUUUAGACGGUCCUCUUUAUUUUUCUUUCACCCCCAAACAAUACGUUUAAUAUGUAUAG